AUGAAGCUCGUGCAAAAACUAUCGGGCUAUCCCCGUCUGCUUCUCGCGGGUAAUCCCUCCAAGAUUGACCUCGGUCGACUCCUACUGGGUAUUAUCAGCGCAGUCGCUUCAGGAGUCCCAUUUCCCCUGAUCGGAAUUCUGUUCGGCCAGCUCCUCGACGACUUCAACGCAGUGACCUGCGGCGAGUCAGAAUCAUCAGACUCUGAUUCCGACUAUCAACAUGAUAUCAACGGCAAGAUUCUGAUUAUUGUGUAUCUGGCCAUCGCCCAGUUUGUUCUAAUCUACGUCCACCUCUCCUGCUGGAGUCUGAACGGCGCUCGACUGGCGCAACGCCUGCGGGAAACUUAUCUACAGAACGUCCUCCGACAAGAACCAUCCUACUUCGACAAGCUACCCCCCGGUGAGAUUGCAUCGCGACUUAAUGGCGACAUACAGGCUAUUCGAUCCGGCACGUCGGAGAAAGUGGGGAUAUGUUUGUCGAGUCUGUCGUUUUUCAUCACCGCAUACAUCGUCGCCUUUAUCAAAGAUGCCAAGCUUGCCGGAAUGCUCGUCUCGUUAAUCCCGGCAUACUUUCUCAUGUCGUUCGUCGGAAGCCACUAUAUCGAGAAGUACACUGGUCGCAUGUCGGACUACGCUGCGAGUGCCGCGUCCAUCGCUUCCGAGGCACUUUCCAACACCGUCGUGGUGCAAGCCUUUGGGGCCAAUGCGCGGCUGGAGGAGAAAUUUUCCAAGGCACUCAAGGCUGCAGAGACGGAAGGGUUGAAGAAGGCGACGGCGGUUGGCAUCCAAUCUGGAGUGUUAUACUUCAUUGCAUAUUCUGCCAAUGGUCUGGCGUUCUGGCAGGGGAGCCGAAGCAUAGCCGAUUCUGUGAGUGGCAAUACUCACGGUGCCACGGUAGGGGCUACGUUUACGGUGAUUUUCAUUCUUGUUGAAGCGACCUUGCUCCUUAGUCAAGUCGCGCCCUUCCUCCACCUCUUCGUCGCAGCCGUCGCCUCGUUCCAGAAGUUGCGUGAGGAUAUUGACCGCGAGCCGCUGAUCGACAGUACGAGCGGUUCCGGACUUCGGCUUACCCAGGCGGAGGGCGGUUUUGAAUUCAAGGACGUUUCCUUCACGUAUCCCUCGCGCCCUGAGAUCACCGUGCUCGACAACAUCAGUCUUAGCAUCCCGGCCAACAAGCAUACUGCCAUUGUCGGUCUAUCGGGUAGUGGCAAGUCGACCAUUGCGGGCUUGGUGACACGACUCUACGAUCCCACGCAGGGCCAAGUUCUUUUCGACGGCCACGACCUGCGUGAUGUCAACCCUCGGGACUUGAGAAGCUUUAUGAGCCUAGUUCAGCAGGAGCCCUCUCUCCUGGACCGGUCGCUUCUAGAGAACAUUGCUCAUGGGCUGAUCAACUCGAACCAUCCGAGCCAUGCACACCUGAAGGCAACCCUGUUGAGCACUGACCUGGCCGACCUCGCCAGUGAAGUCAGGGGCGGCAAGGAUUUGACCGCUGCAGCAGAGGCGCGGGGUCCAAAUGUCGCUGAAAUAGUCGGUUUGGUCACCAAAGCUGCGUCGCUUGCGGAUGCGGACGGCUUCAUCAGUGUCCUGCAGCACGGAUACGGUACAGUUGUGGGCUCCAGUGGCCGGCUGAUCAGCGGUGGCCAGAAGCAGCGUGUUGCGCUUGCUAGGGCUCUGGUGAAGGAUCCUGCAGUGCUCAUACUAGAUGAAGCUACGGCGUCUCUGGAUUCACGGAGUGAACAGCGCAUCCAGCGGGCAAUCUCUAACAUUGCCUCUGGCAGGACUAUCAUCACGAUCGCCCAUCGCUUAUCGACAAUUACCAGUGCGGACAACAUCAUUGUCAUGCACAAGGGCCAUAUCGUGGAACAAGGCAAUCAUGCGACCCUCAUGGCUAAGAAUGGCACCUACGCUGAGCUUGUCAAACUGCAGACUCUUGCAAGCAAGGAUGAGACAACAAUCAACAUCGACGCCGCCAGCAAGUCUGACCAGACAUCUUCAAGCGAGGCUGACAUUGAGAAAAGUGCCAUUCUCCUCGACGACUUUGGCGACGCCGAGAAGAUUCCAGUCUCGACCACCGCAGCUCCUGUAGCCGACGCGGCAGAGGAAGCAGAAGAACCGGAGACUCCGAAAAAGUCCCUCUGGGCGCUGGCCAAAGGCUACGCGCCAGCACUACGACCACAUCUACUGUUUAUUUUCCUCGCACUCCUUGGCUCAAGUGUGGUUGGCGGCGCCUUCUCCGGAGAGGCUGUCAUCUUCGGAAACACCGUGGGCAGUCUGAAUCCCUGCCAUAGCGCAGACAGCAUCCGGUCAAGAGGAAACUUCUUCGGGUUGAUGUUCUUUAUCCUCGCUAUUAUUGAAUUCUUCGCCAACGUGGUCAGCUGGUCUGGGUUUGGCUGGGUGUCGGAGAAGAUCGUUUACGCGGUUCGGGUCUUGUCAUUCCGGUCACUCUUCGAGCAGGACUUGCAAUGGCAUCAGUCCGAGGGCCGCACACCAGCCUUGCUUUUGUCCUAUAUCACCAGGGAUGGCAAUGCCUUGGCUGGCUUGAGCGGUUCGGUGAUUGGCACGUUGUUUUCCAUUAGUGUCAACCUCAUCGCGGCAAUCAUUCUGACUCACAUCAUCGCCUGGAGGAUCGCAUUAGUCUGCCUGGCGCUGGUGCCACUUCUGCUUGGAGCUGGACUGAUGGAGCUCCAUGUGCUCGGGAAGUUUGAGGAGCGUCACGAAAACGCGUAUACAAAGUCUGUUGAUAUCGGCGUGGAAGCCAUCACAUCCAUCAAGACCAUCGCAUCCCUCUCCCUCGAAGAGGAGACGCUCCGAACGUAUCGACGGUCGCUCAAGGGACCGCGCAAAGAAACAUUCAAGGUCACUAUGCACGCCAGCCUGUGGCAGGCAAUGACCUACUUCCUCGGCAACCUGGUGAACGCGCUGGCAUACUGGUGGGGUGCGAAGCAGAUCAUUGCAGGCAACUACACGCAAACCCAGUUCCUGAUUGUCGUCUUCUCCCUGCUUGUCAGUGCACUCCUGUGGAGUCAAAUGUUCGCUCUUGCACCGGAGCUCUCCAGCGCCCGCGCCGCAAUGGCCCGGAUCCUAAGUCUCAUCGAAAUCGGCUCGGACAAGAUGCAAGGACACGUGCGCAGCCCUCCCACAAAUGAUUCGAACGACCCCGAGGCAACAGCCGAGCCAAAGCCCAUAGCCUCCAACCACGAAGCCUCAAGCGUGCAGCUCCGCGAUGUCCAUUUCGCAUACCCCGCCCGACCAGACAUCAAAGUCCUCAACGGCCUGAGCAUCGACAUCCGGCCAGGCCAGUUCUGCGCGCUAGUGGGACCCAGCGGCGCAGGUAAAUCGACCAUCAUCUCCCUCGUAGAACGGCUCUACACCCCCGAGUCCGGUGCUAUCCUUGUCGACGGCGUAGACAUCACCAAACACCGUGACGUCUCCUUCCGAGACACCAUGGCGCUAGUUCCCCAGGAGAGCGUGCUCUUCGAGGGCAGCAUCGCGUUCAACGUCGGUCUUGGGGCGCGACCAGAUCACGAAGCAACGAUGGACGAGAUCGUUGAGGCGUGCAAGCUCGCGAAUAUCCACGAUGUGAUUGAGUCCCUGCCGGACGGGUACCAGACGCUCUGUGGGCCGAACGGGAGUCAGUUCUCCGGGGGUCAGAAGCAGCGGCUGUCGAUUGCCAGGGCGCUGGUUCGGAAACCGAAACUAUUGAUCCUCGAUGAGUCGACGAGUGCGUUGGAUGCGGAGUCGGAGAAGCUGUUGCAGGAUGGGUUGGAGAGGGCCGCGAAGGGGAUCACGGUCAUAGCCAUUGCACACCGGUUGCAUACCAUUCGUAAGGCGGAUGUGAUUUUCUUGAUCGAGGGGGGAAAGUGUGUGGAUCGGGGGACGCAUGAGGAGUUGCUGCAGAGGUCGGAGAGUUAUAGGGCCAAUGUUAUGCAUCAGACUGUGGCGUAG